AUGGCUGCAAGUCUGAUGAAUGGUAAUCUAUCUGAUCAAGCCCUGUUCGUGCCUACGACGUUUGCACCAACUCCCGAGAGCUCCAAAGAUUGUGAGGACUUAAUGCUACUUUUGCUGGCUCUCAUCGUACCUCUGGGUGUCGUUGGCCUACCAGAUAUCCUUCCCCAGAUUCGCACCUUGCAAAGUACUGCCGUAAAGGGAAAGUUGCUGUGCAACGGGAAGCCAUAUGAGAAAGCUCGUCCUGAAGCUUUACGAAGUCGAUCCACGCAACUGGAAGUACAAAAAGUAUCACCUCUUUCAGUCAAGGACACUCUUAUGGAUGAAGCGUUCUCUGACAAAGACGGCCAAUUCAAGUUGAAGGGAAAUGACACCGAAUGGUCGAAAAUCGAUCCAAAACUGAACAUUUAUCACAAUUGCGAAGACGAGAAAGUGAUCAUAAUCCCUGACGAUUACGUUACCGAAGGAGGUGAACCGAACAAGACAUUCGACAUUGGAAUCCUCAACUUGAAUGCGAAACUUCCCGGCGAGACACGAGAUUGCCUCAAUUGA